AUGCGUGCAAGUGAGGACAAGAUCGCACAAUUAUUGGACAAAACGACGGACUUUGACAAGGAUGAACGUUACAUGGCGACGUCUGAUCUAUGCGUUGAACUUAGCAAGGACAUUGACCUUGGAGUGUAUCUCGAGCCAAAAGUGUGUGCAGCUGUAUUGAAGCAAUUGGACGAUAAAUCAAAUGAUGUUCAAGCAAUUGCUGUCAAGUGUCUUGGCAUUCUUGUUACUAAAGUUCAGGUCAAUCAAGUGGCAGAUAUCUGUGCAAAACUCUGCGACCUCAUUCUCAAUGGCAAAUCAGAGCUUCGGGACAUUUAUUCCAUUGGACUCAAGACGAUUGUAGCAGAUGUAUCACAAACCACAGGGGCAUCCAUUGCCACGGUAAUCUGCACGCGACUACUGACAGGUCUGGGCAAAGAGAAAGAUGCAGCUGUAAAAUCUGAGACCCUUGAUAUUCUCACGGAUCUACUGCGUCGCUUUGGCUACGACGUUGCCACGGAACAUGCGACGAUUAUGGAGUUGCUGAUGGUCCAGCUCAUGGAUGAAUCUCCACUUGUACGCAAACGUGCGACGGCGUGUGUGGGCUCGCUGGGUGUUAUGGCAUCCGAUAUGCUAGUAAGUCGCUUGGUGGAGCACCUGAUCAAGGGCAUCCAGGGAUCGACAGACUCGACAAACUUGCGCACGCUAAUCCAGACUAUUGGGACGCUGUCGCGUACGGCAGGUCAUCGUCUUGGAAAGUAUCUGGAUGCGGUAAUACGCAUAUUGGUACAAUUCUGUGGAGAUCCUGAGGAUGAAGCACUGCAGAACGAAGAUUCAGAUGAGCUUCGUGGAAACUGUUUUCAGGCUUUUGAGGCGUUCUUGAUCCGAUGCCACAACGAUAUUGCGCCUCAUGUGGAGGCUAUCCUCAAGCUUGCGAUGCAGUUUAUUUCAUAUGACCCCAACUACAAUUACAUUGACUCGGCUGACGAAGAUGAAAAUAUGGAUGAGGAAAAUGAGGAAUACAGCGACGAGGAAGGUGAUUAUAGCGAUGACGACGACACUAGCUGGAAAGUUCGUCGUGCUAGUCUUCGCGUUCUAACAGCAAUUAUCACGACGAGACCAGAACUUUUGGAGCAGUUGUACAUUCAGUGCGCUCCGCGUUUAAUUUUGCGCUUCAAAGAGAGAGAAGAAAACGUACGGAUUGACGUAUUUGGCGUUUUUGCAGAACUUCUUCGCGCUACUCGCAAGACACUUCCGAGCUCAAGUGAAACAAUUCCUCUCCACCACUCGCCCAAAACUAAUGCAUGCAUUGUCCAGCUGGAACAGCACCUGAAUGCAAUUAUUCUUGGAGCGAACAAGCAGUUUGGAAUAAAGGCUUCAGUUCCGUCGCGUUGUGCGGUGGUUGCGAUGCUGAGUGAGUUGGCGGUGGUAGAGCAUGGAAAGUUGGGAGAUUACAUUGGUCAUUUGAUGCCGAAUCUUCUCAAUGCAGUCGAGGACAAGCACUCCGACUUGAAGUUGGAAGCGCUUUUGUUUCUUCGGUUGCUUGUGGAUACCCACAAUGUGGAGUCAUUCCAACCGCACAUUGAUUCUGUCGUUAAAGUUGCAGUGCAGUGUGCGAAGGGAGAUUGGUACAAAACGGUGGCGAAAGCGCUUGGAUUGAUUGAAUCUCUUGUCCGUAUUAUCCGCUCGGACAGUGGAGACUGCACUUACAAAUCGUACGCUGUACCUCUCUUUGAUGCGGUGUUGCCUAGUUUGAAGGUCCAUGACAUCGACCAAGAAAUCAAAGAGGCUGCAAUUAGCACUAUCGGCGAGAUUGUUGCUACUCUGGGUAAUGAGCUUGGUCCUCGGGUGGGUGAAGUGUACCCCUUAUUAAUGGAGCGUCUCAACAACGAAAUUACGCGCAUUCAAAGCAUCAAGGCUAUCGGAGUCAUUGCUCGCUCAAAGCUUGACUUGGAUAUGUCUCCGAUCCUCGUAGAGUGCACCCAGACUCUAGCCCAGCUGCUUCGUCAGCAGUCACGCAUAUUAAAGCAGGCAACAUUGGCUACUCUUAACGAUCUGGUUGUUCACAAGGGUACAAAAAUGUCGGAGACGCUUCAUCAUGACAUAGUGCUUGAAGCUUCACUUCUUCUUGUGGACAUAGAUCUACAGCUGUGCCGUAUGAGCAUCACAUUGGUAUCAAACUCUCUUCGCGUUUGCCCGCAUGUUGCGUCGACGGAUGCUUUGCUUCAGAACGCCCAAGUAAAGGCACUGGAACUGUGCCAUAGCUCUAUGCUCCAGGGCCCCACUUUGGAUGCCUUAAAGGGCUUUUUUGCGCAGUUGACACAACUGAAUUCACCAGAUAGUAGUUUUAUGGAGCUUUUUAAGGCGUUGAUGGCUACACCUUCUGAAGAGUCAAAGCACUCUAUGCUGAAUAUCGCGAGGUGUGUCGCUGAUGCAUGUGUGGCUACGACGGAACAAAACCGUAAGUUGGCUUUUGCAAAGUUUGUAGAUGACAUUACACAAAGCGAGUUUGAAAAGAACAAAGUGUUGGCGCUUUACUGCCUGGGAGAGUUCGGCCGUAAGCUUAAACUUGCUGGUUAUACUGACGUGAAAAAUAUCCUUCUCGACUCCUUCACCAAUGCUGGUGAAGAAGUAAAGGCAGCAGCUGCGUAUUCGCUCGGUAGUAUCUGCGUUGGCAAUAUGGAAGAAUAUCUGGACACCAUUAUCGUAAAGUUGGAACUUGGAGAGAAUUCGUAUCUGUUGUUGACGUCAUUGCGCGAGGUGAUUUCAGAUCAUGCAGCAAAACCUCACCAUGGUUUUGCGAUGUAUGUGGACCGCGUGCUUCCGGUUCUACAGAAAAUGAGUGCUCGUGAGGAGGAAGGGGUGCGAAACAUGGUUGGUGAGUGCAUGGGAAAGCUUGUUGUGACGAACAGUGCAAAGCUUAUGUCGAUUGUGGUGGAACUGUGUGGAUCUUCGAACGUAUGGUCACGUUGGACCUCCUUAACGAGUCUUAAGUACGCAAUGACGACAAAUGCCCAGAAACCAGCAGUCGAUGCGAUCUUCGCUCAUAUCGACCCUUUCUUGGCUGCACUUGAAGACGAAGACUUGCAUGUGCGUCGUGCCGCACUGCUGAUGCUCAAUACGGCUGCUCACCACCAUGCUCACUAUUUAGUGCCAUACGUUCGCGAACGGAUUUUCCACAUGCUCCUGAAAACGACUGAAAUCAAGCUGGAGCGUGUGGUGGACCUUGGUCCGUUCAAACACAAAGUGGAUGAUGGCCUCCCUCUUCGAAAAGCUGCAUAUUCGUGUGUGGACACAUUAAUCCAGAUGCUGCCUCAGCAGCUUGAUAUCACUUUGUUCUUUGACCAACUCAAGCGAGGUCUUGGAGACCAGGACGACAUCCAGAUGCUCAGUCACCAGAUCUUGAUCAAGAUCUGCAAUGUGCAGCCUGGCAGUAUUGUCAGCGCACUAGACGCGUUAGUGGAGCCGUUAGAGAAGACUAUUAACAAAAAAGUUAAGGAAGACCAGGUUGGACCCGAAGUCGAACGUGUCAAGGAUCUCAUCCGUAGCGCGUUGCGUGCACUCGAUGCGAUCAGCGCUGUUCGUGACGCUGACUCACAUCCAAGGCUAAAUACCGUGAUAGAGAAUGUGAAGAAGAACAAGAUGCUGGGAGGGCUACUGGAGACCAUUCGGAAUGAGCGCACAGGCAAAUGA